AUGGACCACCCGGCGAAGAGAUCCAAGUGGGAUGACCCUGGUGGUGGUCCCCCUCGCGACUUUGCAGCCCAUGCGGCGCCAGAGUCCAACAUGUCCAACUUUAGUUCUGCCGCAGCGGGCGCCUCUGGGCCGUCUGGUUUUGAUGGCUACGGCGGGUUUGGUGGCUAUGGGGGAUGCGGUGACAGCGGCGCCAGUGGAGCAGGAUAUGGCGACUAUGGUGCCGGGGCUGUCGCAGGCGGCUGUGGCGCAGGCGGCUGCGACUACGGCGCCGCGGACUACUGCGCCGCGGGCUACGGCGCUGGCGGGGGCGGUGCCUACGGCUGUGGUGGCUGCGGGGGCUGUGGUGGCUUCGGCGGCUGGGAUCAGGGCUGGGCCGACCCCUCACAGCCAUCUGCUGCCUCAGCACCCCCCAUGCAGAGCCAGAUGGAGAUGAAAGUCAUGCAGAUCCCUUCCAAGCAGAAAGGAGGCUUGAUUGGCGUCGGAGGCGAAGCCAUCGCCAGAAUCCGACAAGCCUCCGGGGCAAACAUUAAAAUAGAACAUCAAAGUGGCGACUACUUGUGCACCAUCACGAUUACUGGGAAUGUAGUUCUGGCAGAGCAGCUAAUUCACGAGCGCUUAGCUGAGCAAUACCAACCCAGGGAUGGAUGGGCUUCAAAGAUCGUCGAUGUUGAUCCGACGGUUGUGGGCCAAGUGAUCGGGCCUGGCGGCGCCAACUUGCGGCACAUCUUCGAUACAACUGGCUGCAAGAUCAAGUUUAUACAAGCUGCAGAGGUGGACCCUAUGGCAAUGCCGGGCAAGCAGGUGGCUUGCAUCCGGGGGCCCCCGGAUCGCCUGCACGAGGGCUUUGCGCAAGAAGAUCCGGGAUGUGGAGAGCCGGCGUUCGGCGCCAAUGAUGCGGCCGCCAAUGCCAAUGGGCAAGGGCGUCAAAGGUCUGGGUGGCUAUGUGGGCAUGCCUGCCGACCCCUGGGCCAUGGCUGGCAUGCCGCGUGGACCGCCUCCAGGGCCUGUGAAAGGUGGCAAGGUGAUCCCCUGCAGGUUCCACUUGAAGACCCCGGGCAUGUGCAAGAACGGGGCUUCAUGCCCUUUCUCGCAUGA